UCCAAGAUGUUCAAGUUCAUGGUUAUCGCCGCGUUCCUCGCCGCCUCAGUGCUCGCUGCUCCCACGACUCAGGACGCCCCUCACCAGCCGUCGAUCCUCGAGGAUGCACUCACUAUUUACGGAUCCUGCUCCGGAGAACAGGAUAUCUCCGUCUGCCUGAAGUUGAAGGCUCUCCAGUUCGUUGACAGAGCGGCUCGUUCGGCCAACAUCGAGGUCGUCGACGGGUUCAAGUUCGUACAGACCGAGGAGGCUAAGAAUAGUCGCGCUGACAAUGCCAGAUCGUUGAACGACAUCGAAAGUUCUCUGCCGACGGAAGUCGAAGCCAAGGAAGCCGCGAUCGAUGAGGCCAUCGUCGACAGGACUGCUAAAUUCCUCUCGACUCACACCGUUGAACUCAGCCUGCCCGAGGAAGUCUCCCGCUCCUUCGACGAAGCUCGUGGAAAGAAGAAGAAGAUCGUGAAAUCUCUCUUGCCCAUUCUGCUGCUUCUGAAACUGAAGGCUGCCGCUUUGAUCCCGAUCGCUCUCGGUGGUCUGGCCCUGUUGGCUCUGAAGGCUCUCGUCAUCGGCAAGAUCGCUCUCAUCAUCAGCGCUGUCAUCGCCCUGCAGAAGCUCCUCGGCAACAAGAAUCAGAGCUACGAGGUCGUCGCCCACCCCGUCCACUCGUACGGCCACGAAGAACACCACGACCACCACGGCUGGGCGAGAUCGGCAGGCUCUGACCUCGCGUACAAAGCGUACAAACCUUCCGAAUUGAUUAUGGAACCAACGGAAGAGUCAAUUCUGAACAAUGAAGAGUCGACGAGUUUCGGCGAAGCAUUCGGCGCCUGCCUCGCUAGCAAAGAAUUCGGUGCUUUCGAAUGCGCGAAUCGCGGUGCCUUGAGUGCUCUACAGUCGCUGAAUCACAAAGAUAAUUUGGAUUUCGGCGAGGUUCAUUUGGAGAGAGCGGACGGUUACGGCAGAGAGCUCCUCGAUUUGGACUACGAUCCGAAAGAUUUUGGGAAUAUCGUGAAAGCGGCGACGAGGCUGAUGGAACGUAGGAACCUCAGAUGGAAUUUGGACAACGUGUAUCCCGGGCUACAAUUGAGGGCUGGUCCGAUGUUAAACGGCAAUGGGAUUUUGGAGUUCGUGAUCAACGAGAGGGCUGCGACUUUUAGCGACAGACACGCUGGUCCAGGAAGGCAAAUGAUGAGGCACCUGCUGUUACCGUUCCUCCUGGGCUUCAAGUUCAACUUGGCAUCUCUGAUUCCGUUGCUAUUCGGAUUCCUGUUGCUGCUCACGAAGAAGGCGCUUAUAUUGACGAAGAUAGCACUUGUUAUCAGUGGACUACUGGGAUGGAACUCUAUGCUGGCUGCUGCUCCACCACCCGUUUACCCUGGAGGGGGCUUCCACCCUUAUGGACAGGAAGCACCGUUCGGAGGAUCUUACUAUGAACAUCAUAAUUUUCAUCACAAACCAUUCCGGGGCUAUCAUUCUAAUGAUUUCGAGCCGUUCAGUCAGCACGUGAUUCGAGAAGUGGUCGACGUUUACGAUAACACGGAGCAGACGGCGAAGAAUAAACGAAAUGGGAAGAAUUUUUUCGAGUACGUUGCUCGAACUUCUGUGUUUUCUGCUUUCCUGCCCCUGAGCAUAAUGAAGAGAAUCGGUUACGUCAUUUUGCUUGUUCACCUGGUGCUGCUGUUCGAUCCAGCGAGGAGCAAAAACGAAUACACGAAACUGUUCGACAAGUGCGCCAGAGAGAAGAAUGCGUUCGAUUGCUUGAAACGGAGGGCGUUGGAGAUCCUCGAUUCGGCGAUCGGCGACGACUCGGUGUACGUGUUGAACGACUACGUGACCAUUGGAAAGGAUCCCGCGGCGUUGCCCAGCAAUGCGUCCUUUAAAAACGAAAACGGGACGGAGCUUACUUUGGAUCAGAAACUCGACAGCAAGUUCCACGAGUACAUUGCCUCUAGAAGCGUCAAGCUGACUAUUCCUGGAGAAACAUUCGAAGGUCGAAGGAAGAAGGGCAAAGGAUACGGUGCUCUCAUGAUGGGCGCCUUGGCUGUGGGAGCGAUGAUGGCACAGCUAGCUUACGGCAAGAUCGCGUUCAUCGCAGGAACGGCGUUGCUCACGGCUAAAAUCGCGUUAGUCCUCAGCGCCAUUAUCGGGUUGAAGAAGCUUGUAUCCGGUCAAGGUGGUGGCAGCCACGAGGUAAUUUACGCCACCGGUUCCGAACACCACGGAGGCUACAGCGGCGGAGGCUACGGCAGCGGCUGGCAAAGGGCCAUCGAGGGUGUCUCUCCUACCUGAUUCGAACAAACCUCCGCGAAACUUACAUUAGUUCAUGUAUGAUAUCUUGUUUAGCGUGUACACGUAUGCGAGUAAAAAUAAUAGGGGUGCUUCUCGUUUGUAUGUAAAAUAAAACUCGUCAGUUGCUCAUGAGUGAUAUUAGUCCGGAAAUUAUCUCAGAGAUACGAUCUUGUAUUACAUAUUAAGAAUUUAUCUAUAUUGUUUGAAAUAGAGACGUUCAAAUGAGGAAGCGUUACAUACCAAAUAUUAGUAGUAUUGUAUUUAAUUAUUUAUUUAUUUAUUUGUUUAUUUUAUAU